GUUGUGUCUGCCAAGCACUUCCGAUUAGCGAGUUAGCGCACAGAAAAAGUAAACUAUGGAUGGUGUUACACGCCGACACGGCUCCGGGACUUAUUGUGCUGUUCGCGGUUGCAACAACUCGUGGCGAUUGCUGAAUGUUUGGUUAGAAGGACCUUGUUUCGACCAUCAACCAUCUACAAGGCGCCAAUGUGGAUGUGCUCCCCCGUUUGCGUUGUAUGAGAAACCAAAAACAGAUGUUGAAUCUCGGAAGUGGCUAGCGGCUUUGAAGUUGAAGAAUCCGCCCAAAAGACUGUUUGUUUGUUCUUAUCACUUCAUUGAUAAAAAGCCCACAGAGGAAAACCCUUUCCCGGAACUUUGGUUGGGAUACGAGCGACCUCCACAGCAAAAGAGACGUAAACUCGUCAGAAAGACGAGUGACACGCAAUCGGAUGAAGUGUGCAUCGAGCCGAAGUUUAAAGAUGCUGCAACACAAUGGGAGGACCUAACAAAAAUUGACCACAGCUACGCGGCACAGUUGAACCCCGAGGACCAGUUGGACCACAAAUCGACGCAGACAGGGGGUCAGACUGUGGCUGAUGAUAUGCUCCUGGAUGAUGAAACCUCGCUGCUGUACACAGGACUGCGUCUGGUUUAUUUUUUUACUUUGGUGAAAACAAUGUUGCCAUUUAGUAAACCAUCAUGUAGUAUUCCUGUUGUUGACCAAAUAUUGAUGACCCUCAUGAAACUGAAACUGAACCUUGUGUUAGGGGAUGUGGCAAAGCGGUUCAAAGUGUCUAAAGGUGUAGUAAGUAAGGUGAUUGCUCACUGGAUUGAUACAUUGGGUGAGCAGCUGGAACCCAUGGUUGCCUGGCUGCCAAGAAGUGUUAUUCGUGCUAACAUGCCACCAUCCUUUAAAAAGAACCACCCCCAGACGACUUGCAUCAUCGAUUGUGCUGAAACGGCUAUUCAGAGAGCUACAAACCUUAACUGUAGGAGUGCCACUUUCAGUCAUUACAAGGGAACCAAUACUGCCAAAUAUCUUGUUGCUGUGUCACCUCAUGGGCUGAUAAUGUUUAUAUCAGAGGCCUAUGCUGGUAAAAGCAGUGAUAAGUUCAUCACUAUAAACAGUGGGUUUCUGGAGGCCCUAAGGCCUGGUGAUGAGGUAAUGGCUGACAGGGGUUUCACAAUUCGAGAUGUACUACAUGAAAGAAAGGUGAAAUUAAAUAUUCCUGCCUUUACCCACAAGCGUGGUCAAUUGACCAAUGAGGAGGUAACGCGCACUAGACGAGUGGCCAAUGUCCGUAUUCAUGUGGAGAGGGCAAUCCGAAGACUUAAAGUCUUCAAAAUUCUGUCCCAAACUGUCCCCAUCUCCAUGGCCCCGCGGUUGGACAAGAUUCUUAUCAUAUGUGCAGCUUUAGCAAACAUGAGGUCCAGACUCAUCCGACUGCCACAUGAGGUUUAAGUUCCUAUGAAAAGUAAAUCCUGGGUUACCUGCAGUUGUUUUGGCUUUUUUAAAUUGUACA